GGCCAGUGCGAGCCAGCGAGGCCAUGGCGGCGGGGCUCCUGCUCUGCCUGGCUUGGUACUACACCAUACUUGCUGGUUUUUACGUGCUGUAUUGCCCUCUAUUGUACAUCAUAUUUUUGAAUCAUAACUGGUACAGAAAGGUGGCAGAUGUUCUGUUUGCGCUUUGGGAACUUUAUCCUGUGGCAUUAUUCCAGUGUUGCUAUAAUACUCAAUUGCACCACUAUGGAGAUUACGUGAACCCGGAUGAGAAGACCAUUAUUAUUAUGAACCAUCGCACAAGGGUUGAUUGGAACUACGUCUGGAUAGCCCUAUACCAUGCCUCCCACGACCCGGCGCGAGUUGAGACGUGUAUUUGUAAGGAAACCACAUCGAAUAGGGAAAAGAACGACAUCCUGGACGUCGUGGCAGGAGGAAGAUCCAAAAUAAAGUUUGUGUUGAAAGACGAGCUAAAAGUUGUGCCCGGAAUGGGUUGGAUAAUGCAGCUGAACUUUUUUUUAUACGUCAAAAGAAACUGGCAAGAGGACCAGCUGAAUUUAACGCAAUUUGUAGACUACUACAAGCGGCUCAAAUAUGAUUAUAGAAUCAUUUUGUUUCCCGAAGGAACGGAUUUGAGUGAUGAGAACAAACGGCGAAGUGAAAAGUAUGCGACUGUUAAUAAUUUGCCGCGUUACACAUACGUUUUGCACCCGCGAACUACGGGAUGGGCGGCGCUGUGCUCCCAGCUACGAGCUACGGGCCUGGCGUCCGUCUACGACGUAGCCGUAGCCUACGACGCGCCCGUCCAGACCGAGGGCGACUUGCUACGAGGGCGGAUACCGAAACAUGUGCAUUUUUAUUUCAAACGGUAUCCAAUAGAGCAACUCCCGCGGGAAGAAGAUGAUCUCCGAAAAUGGCUCAACCAAAGGUGGAGUGACAAAGAAAUUAGUUUACGAAAAUUCCACGAAGAAGGAGUGUUCGUGGAUCCAGCUACUAGAAAAUUUCCCAUAGAGAGAUUACCAAGGUCCAUGAAUGCAGCCCUGAUGGCGUUUACAUUCUGGACCAUAGUCGAUGUCAUAUUUCUGUACGCUCUGUUUAACAGCGUUUUGUUCCAGUUUUGGGUAUUAUAUCAUAGUCUGUUAUUUGUUUUUGUUACUCGUUAUUUUGGAGGGUUUCAGAAUAUUCAAUAUCAAUUGUUAUUAAAUAGGCUUAAGUUUCAAUAAAUCCAAUUUUAGUAAAUUUUA